AUGGAAAUUUUAACUACAUCUAACCAAAUCAAUGAAUGUAAGAAUAAUGAGACGAUAAAAGGAACAAAAUAAUUUCGCUCUAAAAACACCUAACUAGAUAAUUAAAAAGAAAAAUCCUAGCCUGAAUGCAAAAAAGAUUCAGAAGGAACUAAUUAAGGGAAUAGUAAGGCAAUAUCAAAAAAAAAGAGCGAUGAGUAUGAAGCUAAUACAAUUAUAAAAAACAUAGUAUGUUUAUCUUUGAGUAUUGUUAAUGAAGAACUUUAAUUUAAUUGUUAAUAACAGAUUUAGUAAGAAUAAAUUUCUGAACAUCGUAAAGUUUUAUAAAUUUGUGAUUAAGAAGAUAUUGACUCGUUUUAAUUACCCCCAACAGACUAAUAAUUUCCUUAAUAAAAAUAAAAAUCUCAUAAAAAAACAAAGAACAGAAAGAAUAAAAAAGAUCCCUAGGCAAGAAUAUCAAAAAAUUAAACACUCACAUAAAAAUAACAACCUCAAUAACCUCCAAUUCAAUAACAAUCUAAAGAAAAAUAAUUUCAUUAACUUUCUCCUCAAGAGUCUAAUAAAAUAAAACAGCAGAUAGCAUAGUCGAAGACAAGAAAACAGCCUAGUAUCACCUAGAUAGAAAAGUGCGAAUAGGAAAAUAAAAAAGAUUCUGCUGACUUUGAUGCUUAAUUUAGUCAUAUUGGAGCAAGAAGUACAACUGCUGGAAAUUCCUAAUCUGAAUCAGAUGAUUGUCUUUAAUAAUCAGAUGAAAAUAAAUAAAGCGCAUAAAAAUUAUCAAGCAGAGAUAAACCAAAGAAAAAAAACUAUAAUAACAAUGGAGAAAAAGUUGGAGAUAAAUAAUAUCCUCAUUCCACAUAAACAACACCAAUUAAAAGAAAAAAGUUAAAUUUAACAAAAUCCAAAACUCAUGACAUUGAUGAAUUAUCUAGUGCUAUUCUAUAAAAGAGCUAUCAAAAUAGAAUCAGAAAAUAAAUCUGUUUGAAUAGACUUAAUUAUCUUAUCUAUACCAAUUACCAUCUCAAUAUGUACCCUUAUGGAUCCUUUGAAACUGGUUUAGAUUUGGAAAUAAGUGAUGUAGAUGUUGGUGUUUGGGGAUCAUAAAACUUAAGCUAUGCUUAGAUAGUAAGUUUCUUAUAACUUUUAAAUAAUACAUUAAAGUAGACACCCUUUUUAAUUAAAUCAAAAUUGAUUCAAGGUCAAAUGCCAAUAUUGAAAUUAGAAUUAAAUCCAAAAUCAGGUUUUUAUGAUGAGGAUUAACACAUUCAAUAGAACUGGUCGUAUUUUCAUUUAGAUCACAAUGAUUAAGGAAGAAUUAUUUAGGUGGAUAUAACUUGGAUUUACUAAUCGAGCAAUGUAUAUAAUAAUCCUCAUUUGGGAUUUGCCUCAACAACUAUUGUUAAAGAUUGGAUUCAUAGAUUUGUUUGGUAUAGAGAUAUUAUGUUAAUUCUGAAACAAUUAGUUAAAUCAAAAAAUUUAAAUGAUGCCCACACAGGCGGAAUAAGUUCCUUCUGUUUAUCAAUAAUGUUAGCUGCAAUCUAUAUGUGUAAGCAUUACACUCAAAAUGAUAAGAAAUAAAUUCUUCUUGACUUUUUAAAGAAGUAUGGCACUCAAUUCGAUCCAUUAAAAGAGGGCAUUUACAUUGACAGUUAUGGUUAACAACAUCCAUUUAUAGCUUUGGAAGAAUGUCCUCCUUAUAAUCCUCUCACAAUUUAUUCACCUAUCAAUUAUUAAAUCAUUUCUCAAAAAGCUCAUAGAUUUUUAGAGAUCUAAGAAGAAUUUAAAUAGUUCUAUGAACACUUGACUAAAUCUAACAAAAUUUAAGACUACUUUGAUUUCCCUUUAUAAGUGAAUUAACCAUUAUUUAUAUGAUUAUAUUGUGACUUAUAUUU